AUAUACAAAAAAAAAGAGAUGACCUGCUAAUACACAUAGACCUGUUUUUGUGUAUAAUCUGUGUAUCACCACAGCGCCCCCUAUACCCAGCAGGUGGUAUAGCAGGACCUCAUGAAUAUUCACACCUGUGUAUGAUUCUAAGCUUCUGAUUGGCUGUCUGCCGGAAGGUCCUGUGUAUUCGUACAAUGUCCUUGUAAUUCAGGUUUCUGUAAAUAGGUGUGUGUAGCAUAGAUUUGCAGGGCUAAUUGAGUGCUACAUCUGGUCUGUUUCCGGUAGGUGUGGUGAACCAGGUAAGGCACUUAUAUACAGCUAUAUUACAUUUAUUUUGUCCCUUUAGCAACUAGGAAAAACAUGCAAAUAUUAUUGAGGUUUGAAGGUGUAAAAUAGACAAAAAGCCAGAGAAGCACGUGGCUACUUAGCAAGUAAACAGUUUAGCUCAUUUCUCCAAUGCUCUGCUGUCCAUUGAAAAGUUUGGACUUGAUUCUUGAGACUCAGUGAAAACUCAGUAAAAUUAGCACAAUCUCUGCAAUUAGUAAUGUUUAUAGCUGCUUAUGAGCCUCCACAGUGUUCCAGUUUGUCAAUGAUGUUAGAACUAGUAUUAGUAUUAGUAUUAGUAUUAUUGAACUAUGGUGACAAAAGCUUAUCGUUGUACAAUGUGUGCAUGUGUUUUGACGUUUUCGUAUUUAAUAAUGCAGCUACAUUUGCUAUAAAUAGGUUUUACAUGUAUUUUAUAGUGCAAUUAACAAUUACAAUUAUCAAAUAAAGGACUAGUUGACUUUUAAAAAAAAUUGUCAACUAAUUUUUAUAAUAAAUUAGUCACGAUUAGUUGACUAAUAGUUACAGCCCUAUUACUGAUGUAUACGAUACAAUUUCCACCUUUGUUAUCUCAAUUCUCAAUUUCUCAUUCAUUGCCCUCAUUCUAAACCAUUAAAUCAUUUUUGAUGCAUCACAUCAUAUAGUCAUCAUGUGCUAAGUGAUUAACUUUGCAGGAGAUGGCAUCAACAAGGUCACGGAGACCUAAAAGGAACCCUAUACAAGAAGCUACCUAUUUUUCAUCCUUGGGAAAAGACAAGAAUGACUUUGACAUAAAAUACAUAAAUUCUUUUAAAGGUAAGUUGCCAUUUUACUUUUUUUAAUUUUUUUUAAUCAAAGUUUCUUUUGUAGCAAAACUUAAAACCCCACUGUGUUAUUACAAACAAAAGGAUCAAUGAUGAUGUGGAAAUGAUUGAGGUGUUUAUUUGUCUAGAUUUCUACAAAAAAUACACAAAAAUAGUCCCUUGAUUAAUUCAUACAAAUAACUUGAUAGCUCUGCUAUUAGUAAUAAGAUAAAUAUCUGUUUGACACAGCUCUACUUUGUAAAAUUAUUGUUCAAACGUAUUGGCUUAACUGCUAACUCCUGUCGCAUAAUCGCAUAUCUUUUUAACUUUGUGCAUGCCCUUAUUUGUAUUUGUAUUUAUUCAGUGUGUUUAUGUUGCACUUUUUCACCGUAUCAAGUUCCUAGUUUGUGAACUGUGUUCACAGACUAUGGCAAUAAAAGUCUUCUGAUUCUGAUUCUGAUUCUGUGUGUCUUUAGGUCGAGGUGUGUUCAGCUGCCGGGACUUUCAAAAAGGAGAUUUUCUUAUUGAAUACAGAGGGGAAGUCAUAACAAAAAAGGAACAAGAAUGCAGGUUGAAAGUGUAUCAUAAAGCACUCAAGGUUUUCAUGUUUGAUUUCCAUUUUAAUGGAAAUCAGUUUUGGUAUGUAUCUAAUUUAAGGUGUCUUCUCUAAAUUUGUUUCUAUUCCUGUAAAUACUAACUCUCCAACUUCACUGUUAUUAAAAGUAGUUGUAAUUGUGGAAUGUAGUUAUAAUAUAGUGUUGAGCUUUUUACUGUUUGACGAAUAUUUUAAACUGUAGAUGCAGAUUCUUCAAUCAUGCUAAAACUACAUGUGCCCAAUUCUCUGCCUUUACACAAAAUGAUUGUUAUUGUUAUUUUUUUGUAUUUCAGUGUCGAUGCUUCCAGAGAAGAUGGUUCUCUAGGGAGACUCGUUAAUGAUGACCAUCUGAAUCCAAAUAGCAAAAUGAAAAUAAUACGAGUGGACGGAAGGCCCCAUUUGUGUUUGUUUGCACUCAAGGACAUUAGUCCAGGAGAAGAAAUCACGUAUAACUACGGUGAUUCUGAUUGGCCAUGGAGAAGCAAGAUUUCCAAAGAGAUACCUGACCAGCCUUCUAAAGUGGCCAUGUGCAGUUCCCUCAGUGACAGCACUGGCCAGAUGCCCAAAGAGAUACUUGACCAGCUUUCUGAAGUGGCCAUGUGCAGUUCCCUCAGUGACAACACUGACCAGAUGCCCAAAGAGAUACUUGUCCAGCCUUCUGAAGUGGCCAUGUGCAUUUCCUUCAGUGACAACACUGACCAGAUGCCCCAAGAGAUACUUGUCCAGCCUUCUGAAGUGGCCAUGUGCAGUUCCCUCAGUGACAACACUGACCAGAUGCCCAAAGAGAUACUUGUCCAGCCUUCUGAAGUGGCCAUGUGCAGUUCCCUCAGUGACAACACUGACCAGAUACCCAAAGAGAUACUUGACCAGCUUUCUGAAAUGGCCAUGUGCAGUUUACUCAGUGACAACAUUGACCAGGAGCCUGCUGAUGUUACUAUGUGUUGUUCAUUCCUGGAUAUCAUUGAUAAGAACUGUGAACAUGACCUGGUCCCUGGCGAGAUGUCAAGUUUCGAAAAAUGUGCUUUUUGUGGAGGACCAUUUGCACCUCUGAGAUGGGUUGGAGAGAGAUGUAUAGUUUGCUGCCAGUCGUGGCACAAAAACUGUUAUCUUAAACAUAUGAAGAACAUCACUGAACCUCUGUCAAUGGCCUCUGAAGAACAUAGUUCAAGUCAGGUGACAUCAUCAGACGUGGAAUAUGUGCCUGAUUCCCACAGUAAUUCAAAUAACUCAUGUGAAGACAGAUCAGAGCGUUUCAAAAAUCAUCACAACCAUUUGGAAGUACAAAAUUUUGAGGUGUUCACAAGUAAGUCUGCUUCAAAACAGACAAGGCACUACCAAGAAAAUCUCUUGGAUGAAGAGAAAGAAUCAGGUCCUAAAGCUGCAGAAUUAUUACUGGAAGACACAGUCAACACAAACCGGCUUCAAUUAUCAGGAGUUCAGGCAAAUGAUGGGAAUGAUACUGAUGGUGAGGGCAAGCAGUUCUUGAACACAUCCUCCUCUCUCAGAAAUAAAACAUUUUGCUACAUUUGUGAAAAACCACAGACAAGGUUUGCACGUCACUUAAAAACUCAUGUGAAGACAAACGCUGAUGUUGCUCGAAUUUUGAUUCUUCCAAAAAAGUCUAAAGAGCGCAUGAAAAUGCUUAAUAAGCUACGCAACAAGGGAAACUACAACCACAACACAGAGGUUUUAUCAAGUGGAGAUGGACUGCUAAAACCUAGACGCACAUCUAAGAAAAAAUAUAAUCCUAAAGACUAUGUGCACUGCAUGUACUGCCAGGCCCUAUACCUCCGAAGAGAUCUGUGGCGACAUGUUCGAAAAUGUUCUUCAAAACCAGUUGAAACCAAUUCAGAGAUUGGAAGAACUAAGAUCUUGUCUUUGGCCACUAUGUUUGACUCAGCCUUGUGUCAACAGGUGUCACCAGGUGUUUGGAAGCUGUUAACUGCGAUGAAAAAUGAUGAGAUAACUGCUACAGUGCGCAGUGACUUCUAUAUUCUUCAGCUGGCUCAAUCAUUUUUUAACAAACAUGGACAAAAGCCCACCAAAUAUGAGUACAUUCGACAGAAACUCAGAGAAAUUGGAAGACUUCUGUUGACGCUUCGGAAGGACUUCUCAAUAUAUACUCUUGAGGAUGCUGUAAGACCUGCAAAUUUUCAAAUGGUUAUUCAAGCUGUCAAGAAAGUGUCUGGGUUUGAUGAAGAAAAGCACUGCUACCAAACUCCAAGCCUUGCACUGAAGUUGGGUCACUCGUUGCAGAAGAUAAGUGACAUUAUACACUGCAGAGCUCUAAUGGCAGAAGACUCUGAGCUGGUAAAGUCCACUCAGACUUUCAAAACCCUGUAUUCUACAAAGUGGGCUGAAUUUGUUUCACACACAGCUUUAACUACCUUGAAUGAGAGACACUUUAACAAGCCUUGCACACUGUCUUUCACAGAAGAUGUGCAACGUCUUCACAAACAUCUCGAAAAAACUGCAGAAGAAGCAUUUAAAAACUUGGAUAAAACGUCAUCACCCCAAUCAUAUGGUGAACUGUGCAAAGCAACUAUGGCAAACAUCAUACUAUUCAACCGGUGUCGUGGAGGAGAAGUUUCCAAAAUGAAACUAAAAGGCUUUCUUGAGAGGAACACCACUGCCUUACAUGAAGAUGUGGCUGUUGGACUCACAAAAUUUGAACUCAAACUUUGUAACCACUUUAGUCGAGUGGAAAUAAGGGGUAAAAGAGGACAAAAGGUUGCUGUUCUGCUAUCACCAGACAUGGUUAAUGCUCUAACACACCUAAUAAAUAAAAGAAAAGACUGUGGCGUUCCAGAGGAUAACCCAUUUCUCUUUGGAAGACCGCAGUGUCUUACUCCGUACAGAGGACCGGACUGUCUAAGACUUUAUGCAAGUGAAUGUGGGGCAAAGAACCCUCAACUCCUCAGGUCAACUCAGUUGCGCAAACACGUCGCAACUUUAUCCCAGGUCCUUAAUCUCCGAAAUAACGAGUUGGACCAAGUGGCAGACUUCCUUGGCCAUGAUAUUCAGGUCCACAGGGAGUUUUACCGACUACCAGAGGCUACCACACAGUUGGCCAAAAUAUCAAAACUGCUGCUGGCUAUGGAGAAAGGGUCUUUGGGAAAUCUGCAAGGGAAAACACUUGAGGAAAUUGAAAUCGAAGAUAACCUAGUGUUGACUGAUGUUGAGCAAAGUGAGGAGAGUGAUGGUGAGGUCGAGGAAGAAAAUCUGCCCACAGAUUCACAGAUUGCCAGUGAUUCUGCAGGGAUGAGCAUCAUUAGGCAACCUGUUGAGAAACCUCCAUGCACAUCUUUAUCAUCAGAAGACAAGGAAAGACCUAGGCCACAUGUUGAACCUCCAGGGAUGUCCUUACUGCCACAAGUUAUCGAUGCCAACCAAACAGACACAUCUCAAGCAGUAAUUAAAAAUGCAAAUGGAAAGGCCAAAGAUCCCAGAAGAAAAGCAAAAGUGAUGAAACAAUCAAGUAAAUGUCACAAAACAGUCCCUGGUCUCAGUGAAAAACUUUCUUUGGAAAAUGCAAGAAGGGUUCAGAAACGACAGUGGUCUCCCAAGGAGGUUGAAGCUAUGAUGAGACAUUUUGAAGAACAUAUCAGAAAAGGAAAACUGGCUACUAUGAUUGAAUGCGAACAGUGCAAGACAACAGAACAUCCCACACUGACUGAUCGCUCUCUUCAAAAUAUCAGCGACUUUGUCAGGAAUCGGGGUAUAACUCUGAAAAGAAAGGGAUUAGUCGACUAAUCGUGACUAAUUGAUUAGAAAAAUUAGUCAACACAUUUUUUAAAUAGUUGACUAAUCUUUUUUUUUUUUUUUACUGUUAUUGUUAAAUGCCCUACACACUCUAAAGUACAUGUAAUUUUUUAUUUUUUUUUAUAGCAAAGGCAGCUGCAUUAUUAAAGAAAAACACAAACUGCUAAUUUGCACAGAUUUUACGUUUAUUUGGCUAAAAAAAAACACAUUUAAAAAGCUUUCAAUUCACAAGAGAAAUAACUGUUUGACUAGUCAAUCAAUCGAAAUAAUAAACGCUGACUAGUGGCUACUAAAAUAAUUGUUGUCAGCCCUGGUUAGAAAUGCAAUAUUAUGGGCAAUUGUUGCAGCACAAUUGUUUGUGUUAAGACUUUACUCCUGCAAGGAUCUCUUUGUUUCAAAGAAGAUUCAGUUCAUGUCAUUGAAUAAAUUCAACUUGUUCAUGAAUGUGUAAUCAUUCCUUAUUUUGGCUUUAAAAGGUCACACUUUACCAACAUAC